AUGUGUGAUAAGUGGUGGGGGAGGAGUAAUUUUGAUUGGGCUGUGAGGGAGUCAGAAGGCAGAUCGGGUGGAAUACUAUCGGUCUGGAGUAAGGAUAAGUUUGUGGCAACUAGUAAAUGGAACGUGACGGGGGCUGUUAUUGUUAAUGGGAUUUGGCUACAAGGAGGCCUGCAUUGUUGUUUUGUUAAUGUGUAUGCGCCCAUGGGAACCACCGAAAAGGAAUCUUUGUGGGAUACAUUACAGCUCAUUGCUCUUCAAAACAAAGACUCUUGCCUGUGUUUUCUUGGCGACUUCAACGCAGUGCGUGAUCUGGGAGAAAGGGUGGGGAAAGGUGCUGUCUUUAAUCAAGCAGAUGCAAGGUCUUUUGACGCUUUUAUUAGGCAAAGUAAUCUGCUGGAAAUUAGAACACAGGGGAGAAAGUUUACGUGGUAUCAACCUGGUGGAGGAUGUAAGAGCAAACUAGACAGAUUUAUGGUCAACGAGAAAUGGAUGCAGGAAUGGCCGGACACAGUCGGAAGGGGGCUUCAGAGAUCAGUGUCGGAUCAUUGUCCGAUCUUCCUGACUACAAAAACCAAGAACUGGGGACCCAAACCUUUUAGGUUCCUCAAUUCUUGGCUCUCCCACCCAGAUUUUUGCGCGUUGGUAAGGAAAUCUUGGGAUGAAGCUAAAAUUGAAGGAUGGAGCUGCUUUGUGUUCAAAGAGAAAUUGAAAUUGGUGAAGAGUGCGUUGAAAGAGUGGAAUCUGAGGAUUUAUGGCAACAUUGAGCACGGAUUGACAGAUCUUAAGGAUGAACUUCAGGAGCUGGACAUUUUUGAUGACACCUUUGGUCUUGAGGAGAGUGAGACAAUCAGGAGAAAUGAAUUACGAGCAAAGAUUUUCCUUAAAUCCAAAGAAAAAUGGCUUGAUGUUGGGGGCUGCUGGAUCGAGGAUCCAAAGAACAUUAAGGAGAACGUCAAAACGUUCUUCGAGAAUCACUUCAAGAAGACGCCGCGCGUCCUACCUAUGAUACCGGGAGAUUUCACUGCUCGGAGAGUUUCUGCAGAGAAUAAUGCGGAGCUGAUCAAAAAUUUUUCAGAAUCAGAAAUUAAAGAGGCCAUUUGGAGCUGUGACGGUGACAAGAGCCCAGGACCGGAUGGUUUUAACCUCAUGUUCUGGAAAGCGUCAUGGGAGAUUAUCAAGAAAGAUUUUUUAAAGGUUUUGGCGAAUAGGAUGAAACAGGUCAUGGAUUCAGUUAUUUCGGAUAAUCAGAGUGCUUUCAUUGGCGGCCGUUACAUCCUUGAUGGGGUCGUGGUUCUAAAUGAAGCAAUCGCGGAGGCUACUAAGAAGAGAAAAGGGAGGAUUAUCUUCAAGCUACUGUCAGGGCUUGCUGUGAAUUUCAAAAAAUGUUGUCUCUUCGGAGUUGGGGUCGAGAAGGAUAAGAUCGAGAGGAUGGCGGCUGUUUUGGGUUGUGAUGUAGGCUCCUUACCUUUCAAUUACCUCGGUAUUAAAGUGGGUAGCAAGGGCAAAAAGGUUGCUGAUUGGAAAUACUUGGUUGAAAAGGUGGAGAAGAGAGCUAUUUGA